AUGAAUAAGAGAAAACAGUUUCAAGGUCCACCACCAAAAAAAUUUAAAUCGAACGAUGAAGACGAUGAAGAUAAUGAAGUUCCCAGUAGCUUUGAAGAUCAACUGGCUGGAAUGGAAAAUGAAUUUGACACGCGUCAAAUUUUCGGCGAAGGCCCUGAAAAUCAGACGACCGAUAUGAAGUGGUCUCGUCCAAGUCCACCUGAUUUAGACCCAAGCAAAGAUUCAUUAAUUUUUCAACAGAUAGAUAUUGAUCAUUACAAUGGUCAACCAUUACCUGGAAUGCCUGGAUCUCAAUUGGGUCCUGUCCCGAUUAUGAGAAUGUAUGGAGUUACCAAGGAUGGAAAUUCAGUAUGUUGUCACGUUCAUGGAUUUACACCCUAUUUUUUUGUUACUGUUCCCUUAAAUUUUAAUGAAUCUUCUUGCCAUGACCUUAAAAGUAACUUAAACAAAGCUAUACUGGAAGAUUUACGGUCCAAUAAAGAUAAUUUAAGGGAAACUGUUUUAGAAGUAAAACUAGUAAAAGCCAAAUCAAUUAUGUACUAUAAAGGUGAUAAUGAAAUAACUUUUGCCAGAGUGUCAGUUGCAUUACCAAAGCUUAUCGCACCUGCUAAGAGACUUAUUGAAAGACAACCACCUUCGUUUGGUUUAACGGAUCCAUUAUUUUAUGAAAGUAAUAUUGACUUUGAUAUUCGUUUUAUGGUUGAUACAGCUGUUGUGGGUUGUAGCUGGAUUGAGCUUCCUGUAGGGAAAUGGUCUAAAAGAUCAAAAAUGAGUAAAUUAAAAUCAGAAACCAGAUGUCAAAUUGAAGUAGAUAUUGCUUGGAAUGCUUUUGUUGCUCAUCAACCUGAAGGCGAAUGGUUGAAAGUGGCACCAUUUAGAAUAUUAAGUUUUGAUAUUGAGUGUGCUGGUAGAAAGGGCAUUUUUCCUGAACCAGAUAAGGAUCCAGUUAUUCAAAUUGCAACCAUGGUUAUUAGACAAGGUGAACCUGAACCUUGUUUAAGAAAUGUUUUUACACUUAACACAUGUGCUCCCAUAGUAGGGUCUCAAGUUCUCAGUUACCAAAGUGAAUCGGAAAUGUUAAGUAAAUGGUCUGAUUUCUUUCGUGAGGUUGAUCCAGAUAUUAUAACAGGCUAUAAUAUAAACAACUUCGACUGGCCCUACCUUAUAAAUAGAGCUAAACAUUUAAAAGUAGAUAAUUUUGAUUUUUUAGGUAGGAUCAGGAAUAUUCGAUCUGUUAUUAAAGACACAGUCUUGCAAUCAAAGCAAAUGGGGAGAAGAGAAAAUAAAAGUAUAAAUUUUGAGGGGCGAGUUCCUUUUGAUUUGUUACUUGUUCUUGUUAGAGAUUAUAAACUCAGAUCAUAUACCUUGAAUGCUGUUAGUUACCAUUUUCUGCAAGAGCAAAAAGAAGAUGUCCAUCAUAGCAUUAUUACUGAUUUACAAAAUGAAAAUGAACAAACCAGAAGAAGAUUAGCAAUGUACUGCCUUAAAGAUGCAUAUUUACCAUUGAAACUUUUAAACAAACUGAUGUGCAUUAUAAAUUACAUGGAAAUGGCUAGAGUCACAGGUGUGCCUUUACUUUGCUUAUUAACUAGAGGUCAACAAAUAAAAGUAGUCAGUCAAUUAUUACGUAAAUCAAAAGAAGCAGGUUAUCUGAUGCCAGCGUAUCAUGGGCAAGGAUCAGAUGAUCAAUUUGAAGGGGCUACUGUUAUUGAACCAAAAAAAGGAUAUUAUGCAGAUCCUAUAUCAACUUUAGAUUUUGCAUCUCUAUACCCAAGCAUCAUGAUGGCUCAUAAUUUAUGUUAUACUACAUUAGUACCCCCAAAUUUGCAAAAGGAACUCAAUUUAAAUUCUGCUGAUGUUACAGUGACACCAUCAAAUAACAUGUUUGUAAAAGCAAAUGUUAGAAAAGGGUUAUUACCAGAAAUUUUAGAAUCUUUAUUGGCUGCAAGGAAAAAAGCAAAAGCUGAUUUAAAAGAAGAAACAGAUCCCUUAAAACGAUCUGUACUUGACGGUAGACAGUUAGCUUUGAAAAUUAGUGCAAAUUCAGUUUAUGGAUUUACAGGAGCCCAAGUAGGUAAAUUACCUUGUUUAGAGAUUUCUGGUAGUGUCACAGCAUAUGGACGAACCAUGAUUGAGUUUACUAAAUCAGAAGUAGAAAAAAAAUAUACAAAAUCAAAUGGUUAUAAAGAAGAUGCUAUUGUUAUUUAUGGAGAUACUGAUUCUGUAAUGGUUAAAUUUGGUGUUAAGACUUUAGAAGAAAGUAUGGAAUUAGGUAAAGAAGCAGCUGAAUUUGUUACAACUAAAUUUGUUAAACCUAUAAAACUUGAAUUUGAAAAGGUUUACUACCCAUAUUUGCUUAUUAAUAAAAAAAGAUAUGCUGGACUAUAUUUUACAAGGCCAGACAAAUAUGAUAAAAUGGAUUGCAAAGGCAUAGAAACUGUGAGAAGGGAUAAUUGCCCACUUGUAUCCAACAUGAUGAGUACUUGCUUGCAAAAAUUGCUUAUAGACAGGGAUCCAGAUGGUGCAGUGAAGUAUGCUAAACAAAUAAUAGCCGACCUUCUUUGCAAUCGCAUUGAUAUAUCUCAGCUUGUUGUUACUAAAGAAUUAACUAAGAAUGAUUAUGCUGCUAAGCAAGCCCAUGUUGAGUUAGCAAAUAAAAUGAAAAAGAGAGAUGCUGGAACAGCCCCAAAACUUGGUGACAGAGUCCCUUAUGUGUUAUGUUGUGCAGCAAAAAAUACACCCGCUUAUAUGAAAGCUGAGGAUCCGAUUUAUGUUUUAGAAAACAGUAUACCGAUUGAUUUCAAUUAUUACCUUGAAAAUCAAUUAUCAAAACCUCUUUUGAGAAUUUUUGAACCAAUACUUGGAGACAAAGCAGAAUCAUUACUUCUUAAAGGAGAGCAUACAAGAACUAAGUCUAUGGUAACAUCAAAAGUUGGUGCUUUAGCAGCCUUUACAAAAAAGAAAGAGAAAUGCAUUGGGUGUAAAACAGUCAUGCCAAAUGAUACAAAAAAAGCCUUGUGCAACCAUUGCUUAGAAAAGGAAGGGCAACUUUACAUUACAGAGAUAUUUAAAGCAAGGCAACUUCAAGAAAAAUUCUCAAGACUUUGGACAGAAUGUCAAAGAUGUCAAGGUAGUUUACAUGAAGAAGUUUUAUGUACUAAUAGAGAUUGCACAAUUUUUUAUAUGAGAAAGAAAGUUGGUAUGGAAUUAGAUGCACAAGAAAAAACAGUUAAGAGAUUUGGGGAUCCUAUGUGG